GGCUGUCCGGGAAUCAUGUACGUCGAGUCCAAGGAGAAAGACUCUAUUGAGUCAUGGGUAAAUACUGUGCGGAAUCUGCGGUAUAAGGACUUUCAACUUGUUACGCGGCCGGAUGUCAUGGCAGAUGAGACGGGCAGUUCGAACGGUGGACGAAUUGAGCCGUCGCGAUCUAAGAAGAAAACCGAGGAGACAUCUAAAGCUGGACUGUUUGAGGUGGAAACUGUAAAGGAGUUUGGGGGUUUGAUGGAGCAGCGUGGUGUAUGGCAGUGGUGGAGGAAGGGAAUGGGGUACACGAGCUGAGGCUGUCUAUCGCGGCGCCAUUGACGUGCGUUAUCUAUUGACAGGCGAUGCUCGUUAGUUGCCUGUCAUCCUGUUAACAGAGCAGUUUUUGACCGCCUGUGAUUCACUGGUUGGAAACCCACAGGUCUCGAGCUUUAGAGGUCGUGAUGAUGUUUUGUGUGGCCUCAGGUAUGUGCUGGUGCCUGGCACAGGUGCCUGCGCGGAGCGACUUAGCACAAAAUUCUGGCGACUUCUACGUCUAAAUCGCAAUAACUCACAACAUGCCUUUGUAAAAUCUAAUGGUGCGCAGACAUUUGGAUUUCCUGUGGGAUAAUCUCGUGGAAGACAGCGCAAACAUAACCAAGGAUGGC